AUGCCUCUCGACGAAGAAGGUGCCAAGUGGUCUUGUGAACCAUGCAUCCGAGGCCACCGAUCGUCGAAAUGCCAACAUUUCGAUAGACUCAUGAUGAAGGUUCCCAAGGCCGGGCGUCCUCUUGCGAAAUGUCCCCACCCGAAAGGAACCUGCAGCUGUCAGAAGACAUAUGCUGUGAUGGUCCGCAUUCCAAAAGGCUCAUCAUGCGUAUGCCGACCGCUCUAUAAGGUUCCCAUGGAUGCCAAUGAAUCGACUCAGUCUACUCCACCUUCCAUGGCUUCCUCAUCAUCACCAGCCGGCAAAAUUCAAAAGUCCGGAAGAAGACAGAGCACCAUGCAAGCAGCACCUCAAAAUAUAGCAAGGGCCCUGGAGAACAUGCCCAACAAUGUGAAGGUUGAGGAGGGAACAUCAAAUCAGAUGGCGGACCCAUACAGAUCUCCCAUUGCGGACACGCAAAUUGGAGAGACGCCUUCGCCUCAAGAAUCUAGCAAGCAGAAGUCGCAGUCACCGCAAGUGUCAAGCUGUUGCUCCCAGAAGCCAAUGGUGCCUCCGUCAGCCCCAGUUCAGACCCCGGCCCCUGAACCAGCUCAGAACGGCGGAUCUUGCUGCGGAGGGUCUGGUCCUUCCACAACGAACCAGACUGUGCACACAGCAGCCGAAGCCGACAGACAGCAAUAUCAACAGCCUGCUGUUUGGGAUGGCCAAACGUACAUGCAAUUUUCCACGCCUCAUAUAUCCUCAUGGCAGGACCCGACUGUCCCGAUGCACGGAAACUACAUGCACUCUGCCAUCCAUCAAGAGCACGCGCAACCGCCAAACCUCCAUGAUGGGUAUCUGAGCAUGAGACCCCAAGACCCCCAGAGGACAAUGUCUCACAUGACCCCGGCAACAUCCCUGGCAUACCCCAACCCAAUGAAUGGUCUUGGAAUCAACCAGUCUUCCAUGGGCCCAUAUAUGCUGAACAACUCGGAGCCUUUCUACGCUGCACCAUCAGGGGGCGACGCCUUCCACGACUGUAGCUGUGGAGACGACUGUCAGUGCCUUGGCUGUGCUGCCCAUCCUUUCAAUACCACUACACAGAAGCACGUGCAGGAGAUGGGUGCCUUGGUCACGUUCAAUGACGGUGACAAAAAUUCCGAACUCAUGAACUCUUACCAACCCUCGCCUUACCAGCCAGGCACACCUACGACCCAAUACCCUUACUUCAUGCAAAACACUCCUACUCUGGAUCAUGGCUUCCAGCCAUUGCCAUUUGAAAGCUACUCAGAUCCUAAUUCCACCUUACCCAGUGGAUACUCUUCCCCUCUGUCCUCAAAUCAGCACCACCUGAACCAGCAGUUGAUGCAUGAUUCACAGUAUUUAACACUGGAAUAUGCAGUCGGGCUACCAAGCACCUGUUCGGACGUGACAGGCAGCUGCCAAUGUGGCAGCGACUGCAGCUGUGUCGGGUGUCUCACGCACAAUGGCCACAACGGGAUACCUCUGGAUAUGCCUAACCCGGAGCAACCUACCACCCAUCCACCGGUCCAGCACAACCAAACAUCGCACUAUACUCCUCACACAAGUUCCGCUCCGUCUCAGACUUCGCGCAUUCCCGUCUUGGACAAUAUGUCCGUGCCUUGUUUGAGCCCGCGCACACUCGAGACUUCCAUGAUAUAG